AUGGACAGGGUGAACAGCAGCGCCAUUCGGAGUCUCGCUGCUUACAACGAUGACUCGGACGACGACUCUGAGAGCGGAUCCGCUUCCCCAGCGGCGACAGCUUCGAGCCCGAAGGACAAAAUCCUGCCGGGAAAACAAAGCCCACGUCAGAACGCGUCUGCAGCUGUGUCUAGCGCUGAAGAGAUGGGGUCCGGGACUGGGACGGGAACAGACGCACACAGUUCAGCGACGAACUCUCCAUGGAUUUCCGACUAUGAGGGUAACUCGCCUACCGGUGGUGAUCCAGAGGCCCCCAGACGACCGCAGUUCUACCACUCGCCGUCGAGCGCUGCUUCUUAUCCCAGCGAGACUCCCAGUUCAUUUACGCUGUCUCGCAUGUCGUCGGGGAUCGCCCUUGUGUCAUACGGCGCAGAGGACGACGAACAAGGUGACGACAGACGCAAUUCAAUCUCGGCGAAUGAUGAUGCAGUUAUCGAAAUGUUGGACGAACAUGUUGAACAGGUGCUUUCGGUUACCGCGAUUUCGACGGCAAACGAUGACUCGCAGCCACCGCUAAAAUUUGAGGUCGGCGAUAUGCCAAAAAGGGUAAUGAAAAGUGAAGACGAAGAAGAAAUCGACGUGGAUGUUCUCCUCGAAAAACCGCUAGCAAACGCUGUGUUCGCUGAAACGAAUUUCCGCCCAGCAAGUGAAGGUCAUGAAAACUUUCGAAGAUCGGAGAUCCUCUAUGUCUCAGAUUUGAUACCGAGUAAGGCUUGCGAUGCUCAGGCAAAGUUUAAAGAGUUCUUUCGUCGAAAAGCAGCCGGCUACGACUUCAAUAAAGCGAUUCAGAAUCGAACCGACUUUCGCAAUCCCAGUAUUUACGAAAAGCUCAUAGAACAUUUCGGUAUCGACGAAAUUGGAACCAAUUUUCCAAAGGAGGUUUUUGACCCGCAUGGAUUCAAACCUUGUGAUUUUUAUGAUGAAAUCGCGAAAAUUCAGCGUUCCCUAAUGGAGAAGUUGGAAAAAGAGAAACAUGCUGUGAAGGAAUCGAAUAUUCUGUCGAUAGGCGAGGACAGGAAAAGAAAAUCUAAAUGGGACAACCCUCCCAGUGUCAUCCAGUCAUUGCCACCUGUCGGUAAAACCGCAAUUUCUUUCACACAGUAUAAUAUCACGGUUCUUAAACGAAUUGCUUAA